AUGGCUCCGAAUCCUCCUCCAAUGUUCACCUCUCGCGUUAGGCGCGCGUUGCGUCAUCCUCUCCUGCUCUCCCUCGCGGCUCUUCUCGCCAUUAAUCUCCCAGCCGUCGCAGCCGCCGCGUCCGACCGUCUCUACCUCGCGCACGAGGCGCGACUCGCCGCAGCAGCCACGCCGCGGCAGGGGCUCGCUGCGAGCGAUGCGGAAGCCACAAAGCAGCGAGGCGCAGCGGGAGCGAGCGGACGUGGCGAGCUGUGGUUGGAGCAGACGCUGGACCACUUCAAUCCCGCCGACGGGCGCACCUUCCGGCAGCGGUACCACGAGGACUUGACGCACUUCAACGCCGCAGCGGGCGGCCCCGUGAUGCUCGUCAUCUGCGGCGAGGCGCCCUGCAACGGCGUCCCCUCCGACUACCGCAUGGAGCUCGCCGCUCACUUUGGGGCGGCCGUGGUGGCGUUGGAGCAUCGCUUCUACGGCCAAUCGCAGCCCUUCGCUGACCUGUCCACUGCCAGCCUGGCAUAUCUCUCGGCCAACCAGGCACUGGCUGACCUGGCCACGUUCCGGCAGUUCUACCAGCAACGGCUGGACCAGCUGUUCAACGGGUCUCACAGCAACGGGUCUCACAGCAACGGGUCUCACAGCAACGGGUCUCACAGCAACGGGUCUCACAGCAGCACGACGCGUGGCGGCAGCAAUGGGGCCUCCGAGCGGCAGUGGGUGGUGACGGGCGUGUCGUACGCGGGCGCUCUGAGCGCGUGGGCGCGCCUGUCCUACCCACACCUCUUCCGCGCCAGCCUUGCCUCGUCCGCCGUCAUCAACGUCAUUCAGGACUUCCAUGAGUUUGAGGCGCAGGUGGUGCAGUCAGCGGGCCCCCAGUGUGCCGCCAUCCUCGCCAACAUCACCCGCCGCGUGGAGCAGCAACUCGCCUCGUCACCGGGCGACCGCCAGGCUGUCAAGCACCUCUUUGCUGCCGCCUCUGUGGAGCACGAUGGGGACUUCCUCUUCCUCCUCGCAGACGCUGCUGUCUUUGCGUUUCAGUAUGGCCGCCCGGACCAGCUGUGUGACCCCCUCAUCCACUCUCAUGUCACGGGCUCUGAUACCAUGGAGGCCUUUGCGGCCUACGUGCGAGACCUUUUCUUCGCUCACUUCGGAUCGGCCCCUUCUGAUUACGACCGCCAUGCGCUCGCCAACACGUCGCUCGCAGCUCCCUCUGCCAACAUGCGCACGUGGCUGUACCAGUGCUGCUCGCAAAUGGCCUUCUUCCAGACACCCGCCCGCCUCGGCCCUCGCAUUCGAUCCAAUGCUUUGAACAUGAGCUACUGGCAGGGCCUGUGCGCGGCAGUGUACGGGGACCACCCACGGGCGCUCUUCCCUGAUGUGGACGCCACCAACACUUUCUUUGGCGCCACUUCCAUCGCCUCGUCGCGCAUCUACUUCACCAACGGGUCGCAGGACCCUUGGAAGCGCGCCUCGCGACUUGUUGCCACCGCUGCCAUGCCGAGCACGGUGGUGGAGUGUCACAACUGCGGCCACGGGGUGGACAUGCGUGGCUGCCCCACCUGGCUCAACGACCACCACGCCCACGGCGCCAAAUCCUCCUGCUCUGAUCCAAGCGCGUUGGCUCAUGUGAGGGGACGGCUCAGGGCGUUUCUAACGGUGUGGCUGCAACCCACCCCACUGCUGCCGAGUGCCUCUUCUGCCUCUGCUGCCCGUGCUGCCAUGUGA